GCGUGUUCCGGAAGUGAAAGCGGCGGACUGAUGAGUAGCUGGAGCGCAGGAGUCUGUCGGCAGCGUCUGUGCUCAGUGGUGGAUUUCUGGAGCAGAAAAUGGACACGUUAAAUAAACUAAAGCAGUUUGACGCGUAUCCCAAAACUCUGGAGGAUUUCCGAGUGAAGACGUGGGGAGGAGCGACCGGUAAGAGAGUUAUAAAGAGGAGAGAGGAGCAGCAGUAGCGGCUAACAGCUAACACGGCUAACAACACAGCUAACACAGCCCUCUGUCUCUGUAUACCAGAAAUAUAUCAGAUAUUAUAAAAGUACUGUCUCUGAAUACCAGGAAUAUAUCAGCAACUAUAACAGUACUGUCUCUGUACUCCACAAAUAUAUCAGAUAUUACAAAGUUUCUGUCUGAAACAGUCAUUUCAACGCUGACUGAACCAGGAGACAGCAGAACAUGAGACUCCUACAGUCAGGAAUAAAAGCCUCUGUACGGCAAAGAUGAUAGUAUAUGUACAAACUGGACUCAAAACAUUCCAAAUAAUUUAUCUGUCUGCAACCCUGUCAGUGUGGUUUAUAAUUAAGAUGAGGUGAGAUCUGUAUAUAUGUGAGAACAGCACAGGAUUAUACAUGCAAAAACACAAAUGAACUAAAUCAUUCAAAGAGUAAAAAUAUAAAGAAGCAAUUUAUUGACAUUUAUUUUCUGAAGAGUGGAAGUCAAGCAUCAGAAACAACCUUUACUAUUGUGUCACACUCAUUGAACAAACUGUAAACAUCAACGUGAUGCUCCAAAUGUUUUCAAUGGGGCUCAAGUCAGGACUGCAUCAGUCCAGUUUCUCAGCAGGACUCUUCUCCAACAGAGCCAUGCUGUUGUAAUCCCUGUUGUCAGAACGUGGUUUGGGAUCAUAUGAAGAUCUUCCUUGAAAAAGUCAUUGUCUGGAUGAACGCAGAUGUUGCUCCUAAACCUGGAGAUAUUGUUCAGCUUUAAUGGAGCCUUCACAGAUGUGAAAGAUACCCAUGACAUAGACUCUAAUGAUACCCAGUCCCAGACCAUCAGGGAUGCCGGGUGGACCCUCUACUUGUGAAAACUGAGGAUGUGGCAUCUAUGAUUUCCAAUUCUUUGUUGAAAGAGUAACUGGACUAACUUCAGAUGUUUUGCCUAAGGCGAAAUGUCUCAAGUAAGUCCACUUGUCCUUUCCGUGCGGUGAUUCCCACUCCAGAGUCCUGUCUGUUUUUAAUGCCCUGAAGAUCAGAACCAUCCAGUCUUGGUUUUGGUCCUUGUCCCUUUAGUACAGAGAUUUAUCCAGAUCCUCUGAAUCUUUGAAUGAUAUUAUGUACUGUAGAUGAUGAAAUCCACUCAGGAACAUUAUUCUGAAAUCGUUGAACUGUUAGCUCACACAGUCUCUCACAGAGUGCUGAACCUCUUCCAUCUUUCCCUCUGAGAGACUCAGCCUCUCUGAAGGUCCUUUUUAGACUCAGUCAUGUGACUAACCUGUUGGACAUUCACCUCAUUAGUUGGGGAUGUUCUUCCAGCUGUUUUUGACUUGUUUGGUUGUUCCUCUGUAAGAACUUUUUUGUAAGAAACAUGUUACUGGUAUCAAAUUUGAAAUGAGUAUUGAUUUUUCACAAAGGGAACUUGCUAAAUGUUGUCUCUCUGUUUGGUGCUCCCUUAAGUUCUCACUCUUACAGUUUGAACACAGAUCUCUCGCUCUCUCUCUCUUUCUACCUGCAGUGACCAUCAUCAGCGGCGUCAUCAUGUUGAUCCUAUUUGUUUCUGAGCUGCAGUAUUAUCUCACUAAAGAGGUGAGUUUAUCAGAUUAUUUAAUCUGUUUUUUCUGCAGGAGUGAAAACUGAAGUUGAAGUUACAUUUAGCACAAAUCACAGGGACUUAAAGUCCAAAAAAAGACAAACUUUUAACUUUGAUCAGUGCUAUAUGGCAGAGUAGGACACUGGGCUUCCCUUAAAGGCUUGAAAACAAACAGAAUUUGACAUUUGAAUGCUUUUUUUUGUAACAUGCACAGACCUCUGCUCAAUGUAAAUGAACUCUUUCAUGCAUGUUGCCCACUUCUGUGGAUCAACAUUUUGAAGCAUUUUUAACAAGUUUGGUGGAAGAACUCGAGGCAUAUCUCAACUACGAGACAAUCCCCAAACUUCUGUAGACGAUGAGAUGAUGUGUCACAAACACUAAUCAGCAGAUAAAGAUGGGGACGCAGCUGUAACCUCAUGAACAGGUGUUACAUCCUUCUACUCACAACAAACCAGAGAAGAAGAAAAAGUCUGUCUCUCCUACAUUAGGUGUGAGGGAUGGUCUCCUGAAGGUUUUCAUGCCCAACUCUUUAUGAUGGCAGCAGAUGGACAGUGUCGAUGAGGCAAGGAAAUACUGAUAUUUGUGAUUUCAGAGUAUAUAGAGCUAAAUAAACACCUCAGACGUUAUUACCUUCAAGUUUUAUUUCAUUGUUUGACAGGUAAUUGUGAAAAUAUAUUUAAUUGUAUUCUAUGUGGUAAAAAAAAAACAGGAUUCUCAAACUGAGCGCAGAAUAUGAUGAUACAUUGAUGAUACAUCUGUCCUUAAAUUCCACAAAGUUUACUUUCUGUCAAACUCUUAAAGAGAGAUUUCAGCGAUGAUAAGAACGGCAGCCUGAGGUGAACUAAAAACUGCUUUCAGGAACCAGUUCCUGUCAGACCAGUCUGAGGAGUCCCCUCAAACAAACACCCACACUGCAGUGUGCUGAAAGCUCCCAGUAAAGACACAAAAGUGUGAGAUUGGACUCUGCAGUCUUAAUUAUUGACUCACCUCCAGAAAGGCAGUUUGAACACAUCAUACCAUUCACAGUUAAAACUCUUUCAGAAGAACCAGACUCACUAAAACAGUUUAACUUUCAGUCCUGACUCUUUUAACAUUGAAGUUCAGAAGUGUUAAUUCAUGUUUAUUUUUCAGCAACAGUUUUUUCCAGAAAAGUCAAACAUGUACAAAAAAAUUAACAGAAACAUCUGCACAAAAGACUUUUUUUCCGUUUCUUUCUGGAAAUGAUGUCAAACAUAUUGUUCAGCUCUGCAGAAAAACAAAAGUAUCCUAAAUCCAAACAGUGCCUCAGACUAACUCUGUUUUUAAGGAAACCUCACUCUGUGGUUUUUACACAUUUCUAUAAAUAUUGUCUGACACUUUAAUUUUACAACUCAUGUGCUGUUUGUUUCCUGCAGGUUCACCCCGAGCUCUACGUCGACACAUCGAGAGGAGACAAACUCAAAAUCAACAUCGACAUCAUUUUUCCCCACAUGCCCUGUGCCUGUAAGUACCUCUGAUGUAAAACCUCGUCAUGAUUGUUUACUUUGAAUGAUUUGAAGGAAAAUAAUCAUUACAUGAAAAAUUUGCAGAUUACAUUUGCUCAGUUUAAAAAAAGGGACACACUUCUUCUACCCUUUCACCCUGACAGUUUGAUCAAACUUCUUCUAAACAAAAUAAAGCACCAACACAUUUUCUGAAUCACAUACAUACAGUUUUUACCUUUAUUUAAAUAAAGAAGUUUAGACGUUUGAUGGUUCCUGCAGUGUUUCCAUGAUUUCCAAGAAGAGUUUCAUCUCAGACAAACUCAGGUCCAGAGAGGUUCCAGUUCAUUUGUGCAGAUAUUAGUAAAACCAGAGUAACAGACCACUGUGGUGUUUUUCAUAUGUUGUCUUUGAAUGAUUUUUAAGUAAGUGCAGAAUCAAGGUUGUAAAACACUGAAGAAUGACCCUCAAUAGAACCAGCUUCUUACAUUGACCCUGUCUGUCUUCAUGACUCUUCACCUCAGAGAUGAAAUACUCUCACAUGAGUCCUCCUCCUACUGUGUGCUCUCUCAGAUCUCAGUAUAGAUGCGAUGGAUGUGGCUGGAGAGCAGCAGCUGGAUGUUGAACACAAUCUGUUCAAACAGCGUCUGGACAAAGAUCUGAAACCGGUCACAGACGAGGCAGAGAGACACGGUAGAUAUGAUCUAGAUUCUGACUGUAGACCUCCUGGUGCUCAUGGACUGCUCCUGGUCUUAAACCAGAAUCCUUCUUUUGUUUUGUGCAGAACUCGGUCAGGCUGACGACGGUGAAACCUUUGACCCCAGCACUCUGGACCCAAACAGAUGUGAGAGCUGCUACGGAGCUGAGACUGAAGACCUGAAGUAGGAGACCUGCAAACACGGACACGCAGUCUCUUUCCUCACUGCUUCAGUGUUUUGACUCUUUUCCUUCACCUGUUUUUGCAGAUGCUGUAACACCUGCGACGACGUGCGUGAGGCGUACCGGCGGCGGGGAUGGGCGUUCAAGAGUGCCGACACCAUCGAGCAGUGUAAAAGGGAGGGGUUCACGCAGAAGAUGCAAGAGCAGAAGAACGAAGGCUGCCAAGUUUAUGGCUUCCUGGAGGUCAACAAGGUGCUGCAGCACUCUUCUGUUUAUACCUGUUGGAAAAAACUCUAACUGUGCAAAACUGCCAGAAAAGCAAAUGUAUAACUGAGUGAAACACAAACAACUAUUCCAGAUGAACAUGCAGUAUUUAUAGCUUUUUAUUACACUUUUUAUUUCUCAUAUGCUCAUACAGAUGGAGCAAAGUCAUGCACUAAAACACUCAAGACCUAGAAAUUUAGAAGAAUAAACAUCGGUGUCCUUUAAAGCACCCCGGUUCGAUUCCCUCUCUCCCCUCUUUCUGUGUUUCAGGUGGCGGGGAAUUUCCACUUUGCUCCUGGGAAAAGUUUCCAGCAGUCUCAUGUUCAUGGUAAGACCUUCAGUCUGACACACACUCAUACAAACUACAGAUGCUUUUGAACACCCCGUAUUUAUUCCUGAGGUGGACCCAGAGGACCCAAUAGAAUCGAAAAACUCAAACUUAAGGGUUUAAGAAAAUGUGGAGGAGAACCAGGUUUCAGUUCCGUCUGUAACUCUGAGUUUAUGAAGUAUAUGAAGUAUUGGCAGCAGAGUUGCCCAUGUCUGCAUCGGCUUUAUGCCACUUCAUCUGCUUCUUUCAUAUGAGUGGUCCCACAGGAACAAGUAGGUUGAUAGUCAGCUGUGAACCGGACCUCCCCUGUCUGGUUAGUCUGUGAAACCAGAUACACUGAUGAUGAUCCGAGUGUCCAGCUGAUGUGAGGAGGAGGAAAAACAACACAUGUCAUGGACUCAGACUUGACUGUGCUUGUCAGAAAUCCUCAUCCUGAAUGGAUCAUUUAUGGUCCUGUCAAACAGACUCGUCUAAAUUUAGGUCAGAUUCUAACACCAACAGGUAAACUCUGUUAGAGCAGAGACUCUGUGGUCUUUACAGGUGUGAACAUGAGGGCAUUAAUCUGCCAAAAUCAGGUAUCAGUAAAAGUCCACUUUCCGCACAUAAGACUUAAGAUACAGGGUGUUCAGAAACAUCCAUCUGUCGGUGUGUUUUUUUUCCUUUGCUCAUCUCAUCGUGGUAUCAAACAUCUCACUUUCAUCCACCUCUGUUUAUAGCUCUCAGCUCAGCCCUAUGCUGAAUCUUUCCUUUUUUUUGCUCUGAUGAAGACAUCAAGUUUGAGUUUUGUGUUAGCACAUUAAUGACUUUUAUUCUGGUUGUUGAAAUGCCAAGUUUGUUAAAUCCAGAGAUGUUGCUCUUCAGGACCAAAGACUGGGAUGUGAGGAGCUGCUGUAGAGAAGUUUAGUAUACAUAAAAAUCUUUCAUUAAAACUACAGCGAAUGUCUGAGUCCAAGCCCUCAUGAUUAACCCUGAUGUCUCUAAGAGUCACACCUUUUCAGAGCCAUAGCAACAGUGGAGUGAGUUUAAUCUUGUUUUGCAUAAACCCUGCACAUCCAAAGCUUUGCAAACACAUUUGUAGGUAUUAGCUGAAUCUCGUGAUUUUCAUCAGAACAUGCAAAAUAUGUUAAAGUUUAGUUUUUGGUGAUCUGAUCCCUGCAGGAUUCUGUGAGCCCAGAUUAACCACAGCUUCAGAGUUUGUUUUCUAGUCCGGGUCAUAAUUCAGGCAUGCACCAAGGUGCAACUGAUGAGUGUCUUUUGCAGACGUUGAGGAGUAAUGCUGCUCUUAAGACAACAGCUAAUGCAUGAUACAGAAUAUUGUGGAAGAGUCUAAUAUUGUUUAUAUUAAGGAGGGUAAAAGUUUGAGGUAUUUGAAGGAGGCAAAUUGUCUCCAAGAACCUCAAAAUAUCCAGUUUCUCUUUCAACAAAGACUUGGAUCACCAUGACCUGGAUGAAUAAUAACCUGCUCAAGACUACUUUAGCACCUAUUUAUUUGAGUAUUUCCAUCUUCAUUUGUCUCUCUCGCUUGUUUUGUCCUCUGUUGUUUGUUUGCAUGCACGCAUGUUAACCCUGAGCAGGAAAUUAACAGCAGCCACAAAUAGAACCAUGUCUAAUCUGGACACAAGAACAAGAUUCCCCAGAAAGCUGCAGUUUCAGCUGCACGUGUUGGUGUUGUGAGAUUCCUGACCUCCAUCUCUGCCACACGAUAGAUUGUCUGUAAAUCUGAAUAUUCAGUAGCAGAAAAAAGAGACGAGAAUCACUUCUAUCAAACGAGGCUCACCUCUAUUGACUCCAAACUCCCCCCAGCCUGGACCCGCCUGAGUAUUACAUCUGUGCCAUGUGUUUGGGGCUGCACGACCAUCCUGACAGAGGCCACGCCCCUUCUUAGAGCUGAUCCUUCAGAGUUUAAUCAAAGAUAAUCCUCUUUGAUGAGAUGAAACCUCAAUGAGUUCAGCUCUGAUCUCAGAUUUGAGACCACAGAGCUGCGUCCACAUACAUGAAUGUUCAUGUCUAACAAUAUAAAGUGAGCCAACAGUAAGGUUGAAAUGUCAGUCAGUGUUGUGCAGCCCCAGCAGCCCCUCCUUCUCCUCCCACACGUAAAUAUGACCUGCUUUGUUGUCUACCUGCUUCAUCACAGUGACUCUUCUCUCUUCUUUCUGCAGUGCACGCUGUGGAAAGUAAGUCCAUCUUUAUUUGCAGUUUUCUGGAUUUGGUGAAAAGCUUGUCAACACUGAGAUUCAGCUUUAUUUUAGUGCAGUAACCUGUUCACAGAUAUGUGGAGAACAGUUGGCAUGUCAGAGGGAACAUGACUGAAGAAGACAGGCUGAUUCUCAUCACACACACAUACUGAAAUUACUUAAUGUGUUUAAGUGUGAGAGUCUGAUGGUUUGGUAAUUAUUAAACAUGAAACAACCUUAGAGGACCCAGCAGACCAGGUUCUGGAGUCUGAUAGUGAAAUGUGGUCCUGGUAGAGGAUUUCAGCUGCUCAACAGUUCAGGGUCUCCUUGGUCCUGUUUUUGGGGUUAUUAUGCUCCAAAUGUUUUCAAUGGGGGUCAAGUCAGGACCGCAUCAGUCCAGUUUCUCAGCAGGACUCUUCUCCUACAGAGGCAUGCUGUUGUAAUCCUUGUUAUCAGAAUGUGGUCCGUCAUGGUCUUGCUGAAAUAUGAAGGCUCUUUGCUGGUCUGUAUGAGUCCUAUACCUGUUUUAAGUUUGUGGGUCAGGUCUGGAGAAAUUUUAAAGUGAAAGCAGCUCACUGUUCAGUGUCGACUGUUAAAGUGCUUCACGCUAAAAUCACCUUCAGUUUUUGUUAAUUAUUUAAGAUCCUUUUUAGCAGAUAUUUAGUUCCUAUGGAGACAAAGACAUGCCUCUUAAGGAAGGUCAAAGGUCAGAUCUGAACAGAGCAAGGACAGGUUCCUGUGUGCCUGCUGGCUUUAACUAAACUUGCUUCUUUUCCCGAAUGAACUCCUCUAACACCUGAACCAGUCAGGGCCCUCAUUAACAGAAAUCUCUCAUUUCUAACAGAUCUGUAACCUGAGAGAUGUUUGUUUGUCUCUGCUGUAUUUGAAGCUUCUCUGAUGAACAAACUGAGACUCAUGUUUGGUGUCGUCUGUGUGUUUUUGCAGUUCAUGACCUGCAGAGCUUUGGUUUAGACAACGUGAGUAACCUUCAGUUUCACAAUUACCCUAAACUUAAUCUUAAAAGUCUCUGGAUAAAAAUACCCAGGAUGACUCAAACUCAGAGAAAGUUGUGCUUGUUUCUGAACCUUCCUCUCAUUUGCAGAUAAACAUGACCCACCUGAUCAAACACCUGUCAUUUGGGAGAGAUUACCCCGGCAUCGUGAAUCCUCUGGACGGGACAGAUGUCACAGCACAACAAGGUCAGUGGUCUGAACUGUUAAAAGAGCUAAAAGAGCUUCCUUCAGCCGGGUUCACACUGUUAUCACAGUAAAAGUUACAAAUAUUUCAUAUCCGUACUAAAAUCAAACUCUGCAGGUGUUCAGAAAAUUGACUCUGAAGGUAAAAUUCUCUGAGCAGGAUGUCUGCAGCUUCAGAAAGGGGAAAACUUCUGAAACUGUUUGACAAAUGGAACUUUUAUUGACAAAACUAGACAGGAGGUUGAGGGUGUGACAGCAUCGAGCAGACGGGAAGCUGUUGUUGUAAUAACGGGAAGAGUCCCAUAGCUGUACAGGUGUGUGGAGGUGGAGGAGGUCCUUCCUCGUCUUCCUCAGCAGCGGAUGCCCAUACCAAUGGCCAUGAAAGUGCCAAACGUCCCCCCGCUUUGCAUCAUGGUUUUCCCCACUCCUCCCAUGAGCUCCCGGCCUCUCAUGCCAAUCCUGCAGACAGAACAGAAGAGAGUUGAUGUACUGAAGAGGGCAGUUUACAGGCUGAUGGAUCAGGUUGUCAGGGAUUGGUUUGCUGGGUACAGGUUUACCUUAAGCAGGAGAAAGUGCCAAACAUGGCGCCAGCAGCCAUGCCUACUGCAAACCCCAUCAUGAAGCCCAUCUUGACCCGGUCAAAACAGCUGGGCUGGGUCUGGCCAUACGGACCUACAGCCACGGGCAUCUGGAAGAAAGAGGGUCAGAGUUCAGGCGGUUUUGUGGUUCCUGUUUCACUUUACAGCUGAAAUCAGAGUUUGAACAUUUAUUUCAGUUUGUCUUUGAUAAAGGUUGACAUAACUUUUAUAGGUCAUUAAAAAAAAAUCCUGAAGGAGUUCAGUAUCCUGGACUUUAGGUUUUACUGCUGCAGAUCCACAAUGUUCACCCGAGUAGUUCCAGUCAAACCAGUUAAAUCCUGAGGCUGAGCAGCUCAUUAGAAAUUAACCAGGUUGUGAUGUGAAGGUUAUUAUCAGGACAAAGUUAUUCGCACCACCUGAUCCGGCUGUUACACAAAAAUCCCAAUACCCAGGUUUCUUAGAUCUAGUCCGGAAGUAUAGGUAACCCAGUUAAAAAAUAGGACCUUAUAUUCUGUAGUCUACACAUGGGUUACCAAGCCUAGAAACAUAGGGCUUUAGAUCAGGACCUGGUCCAGUGUGGUCCAGAUAGGUUAAAAAAAUAUCAGAGGAACUGAUUUUGUUUUUCCUUAUUUUACAGACAGAGCAAAAGUUUGAAAACCUGAACAUCCUGAAGAGAAUCUAUCUUGAGCCUUUCUAGAAUAACUAGGACCAGAUGUGAGGGGUCUGGGUGACAAGGUUUUGGACCAUGAUCUGAUUUAAUGUGAUCUAAACAAAAUAAGAAGUGAAAAAGCUUUUAAAUGGCAUUUUCACAAGUGAAUCAAGUCUAAAAAUUAUAUAUAACUGUGUUUUACCGAGACUAAAGACACCGCAGAAUGAUGUAGACCAGGUCCAAAGACCCUAUCAAAUGGGUUCUUGGAUCAGGAUCUGGUCCAGGAACAUCUCUAAAUCAGAAAAUCGCAGUGAAACUGCUUGUUCUGCAUUUUGAGUAAACCAGGUUUAACAAAGAAAAACAGAGUCUGAAGGAGACCUUUUUCGGUUACUAAAUCUAAGGGGGUCUAGGGCAGAGAGUUCUGGAUCUGGACCCAGUACAAUGUGGUCUCAACUGACAAAAAUAGCUCUAUGAAGUCGUUUUAAACCACCUGGAUCCUCUCGGGGAAAUAAGUCCAAGUCAAGACUAAUUCAAGUGAAGUAAAAGAGUAAAUUCUUGAAGGCAGUUGUUCAAACUUACGUUCUAUUAGUCUAUGGAUUUUCUUCACUGUCACAGACGGGGCUGAACUAACCGUAGACAGUUUAAUUUAAUUCUAAAAACAAAUACCAAGGGCCGAACUUCUAACGGUAGGUUAACGGUGUUAUUAGUUAAACAUGUCAAACUUAAACCAUAUUUUUUCUACUUUUUCUUUCAGCAUUUACAUUUGUUACUUUAGCUUAGCAUGCUUACUGUCGGGCUAACGUCCCUGCGGCCUUGAUAGACUCCGCGGAUCAAAACUCUUUUAGCGUCUUUAAUAAAGGUCAGAUUUCUCAGGUUGACUUUACCUUGGUCUGUUUGUUAAAUUAAAGCUGUUUCUGGAGCCAAACCGGAGGGUUUUCGCGUUUUUUACAGCAACAGCCUUUCAAUGUCUUUCUAACAGAUCCCCAUACCCGGAUACAGGAAGGAGGUUCAAACAGAGGAGUCCAAUAAAGAUGGGAAAAAACGGGGAGGGGAAACAAACAGCGCCGCUCAGUGGCCACUGACAGUACAUCCAUUUCUAUUCAGUAAACUUGCAGUUUCCCCACACAAACAUGUUUUAUUCAUUGCAUGCUCCUUUCAUUCCCGUUAUAAGACAGCUCAACAAAAAUAAAUAAAUAAAUAAACCCAUACCCCUAUAAAUAACACAAACUAUGCCUGUAUUAUUUUGAAAUAUAAAAAACUUGGCUCAAGUGCAGUAGUUUUUUUCACGCUCUCUAAACUAAGUGACACGAAAAACUAUAGACACCAAAACAUUUUUUUUCAAAACAUUUUUUUUCAUUGGCUUUAUCUCAGUUGUGAAAUAAGAAAGGUAAUUUUUAAAAGAGAAAAAUUGAAUUUUCUCAAAUGAGUAGAUUGUGGUUGCCAUAAAGAAUCUUUAUUUUAAAUUUUAUUUUAAAACUGAGACAUUAAAUCAGUCUCACAUGUUGAGGUCACGUAUAAAGAAGUAACUCGGUCAUUUAUUUUUAUCCUGUCUGUCUUAAACUACUGUAAAAAUCCAAACACCUGUUUUAAAUGUUGCUCUGAUGAGAUCUCAUUAAUUAAUGACCACCUUAAAUAAUAACUUUAUUUAUAUAGCACUUUUAAAAACAAGACUUUACAAAGUGCUUUGACAUGCAGGAUAAGAUAAAAACAACAUAACAAUAACAAGAGAACACUUGGGGGGAAAUAUCACAUUGGCAAUAAAGAAAUAAAAAUUGGUGGAACACAUAAAAGCUCUGAUGAAAGUCACAUGAGCUGAGACGUCAUUAAAAUGAAGACAUUAAAACAAAGAUAUUAUAAGAGCCAGUGAUACCCAGCCAACACAGAAACCCAAUCACAAAAAUCCCCAAAUCACAUAAAAGAAAGUCUAUAGAAAUGAGUUUUAAGACGUGAUUUAAAAGCAAUGGGGCUAUUCCAAAGUCGAGGGGCCCUGAUGGAAGAGGCCCUGUCACCUUUAAUUACAAGUCUCGACUUUGGAACGACCGGGAGGCCCCCACAUGAGGAUCUCGGGGUGUGGGCUGGCUCAUUGGAGGUUAGAAGUCCUGUUACAUAGAUUGGAGCCAGACCCUUUACUGCCUUAAAAGUAAUGAGUAAAAUCCUAAAAAUCAACUCUAAAACUAACUGGAAGCCAAUGUAAAGAUGCUAAAAUAGGAAUGAUGUGAUGUCGUUUGUUAAAACCAGUCAGAAGCCUGGGGAUACUGCGUAAAUGGAAGAAGCAAGACUGUGUGAUUUUAUUGAUAUGAGCUGCAAAGGUGAGGUUAGAAUUAAAUUGAACUCCAAGAUUUCUGGCUGAUGAUUUGAUAUUUGAUGAAAAUGAACCAAGGCUGUUCCUUAUUGUGGUUGAGGAAUUUUGUAAUUUGAACAUGAUUAUUUCAGAUUUGCAGUUGUUUAGUUGUAGGAAGCCAUGUGCCAUCGAACAGUUUACAUCAUUCAGGCAGUCUGUACCAGCAGCUCAACUUCUCGGAUCCUCAGGUCUCAGGGGCAGGUAUAUCUGUUUGUUGUCUGCAUAGAAGUGAAAGGAGACCUUAUGAUUCUGAAUUAUUUGACCAAGGGCAGCAUAUAAAUAGUAAAUAAAAUUGGGCCUAAAACCGAAACCUGUGGUACACCAAAGGUAAGGGUAGAGGUAGAAGAAGAGGGGUUACUGCAAAGGUUUGCUCUAAAAGAUAAGAAUGAAACCAGCUAAGUGCUGUGUCCUUGAUACCCACCCAGUAUCUAAGGCAUUAGAUUAAAAUAGCAUAAUCAACGGUAUCAAAAGCUGCACUGAGAUCUAAAACUAUUAAAAUUGAGCCCUCCCGUCUAUCUGCUGCUAAAAGAAGGUCAUUGGUCACACAGAGGAGGGCUGUCGCGGUGCUGUGACCUGCUCUAAAACCAGACUGGAAUUUGUCAAAGAGGUUAUUAUGAGUCAUAAAAGAUAAAAGCUGAGUAGAAACCACAUUCUCUAAAACCUUGGAUAUAAAAGGAAGUUUUGAAAUUGGUCUAAAAUAAUUAAAAUCAGAGGGGUCUAGGUUUGGUUUCUUUAAGAGAGGUUGGACCACAGCAUGUUUGAAAACAAAGGGAACUACACCUUCUGCUAGAGAGCUAUUGAUUAUUGAUAAAACCUUUACUUGUUUUGUUUCUGUAUUUGUGCCAUUUUACCUGGACCUCCUUUUUGCUGUGAAUACUGUGAAUGUUGACACUCAUUAUGAUCUCUUUGUCUCCUCAAACACUUUCCUAUAUUUUCUUUUUCGCUCUCCUCUCAGCAUCCAUGAUGUACCAGUAUUUUGUGAAAAUUGUUCCGACCAUCUACAUGAAAACUGAUGGAGAGGUGAGUCAAGAAUCUGAAGUUUCGAUUUAUAUUUUCAUCCUGAAACAACUGGGUUUUUAUAUUUAUUUUUAUUUUAUUGUAGUCCUGACCCUAUUUUCACGUUUUUCCAUUUUAACAUCUGAACGUUUCCAGCUCUGGACAGAGAUGCAGUCUCACAUUAAAGAUUGUUAUUUCUCAUAUUUUCCACAGCAGCUUGGACACUGUGUAAAAUGUUGAUAAAAACAGAAUUUGAUCUUUUAUCUUCAGUCUGUCUCAUAAAUAGUUUUUAUAUCAUAUCAGAGAGUUGCUCAGCUCAUCGUAUAAUCUGCAGGUCUUUACACCUGUCUUCCUCGCUCCUCGUUUUUUCACUGUAUUUUUUCUGUACAGGUGGUAAAAACAAACCAGUUCUCAGUGACCCGACAUGAGAAAGUGGCAAACGGGCUGAUAGGAGACCAGGGUCUGCCGGGCGUGUUUGUUUUAUACGAGCUGUCACCCAUGAUGGUUAAAUUCACAGAGAAGCACAGGUAGGAGAUCCUUUCAGGACAGGUGUGUUUGAGAGGAUGUGAAGGUCCCUCUCUGACUCUGUUUAUUUGUUUGUUUCUGUUUAGAUCAUUCACACACUUUUUAACAGGAGUCUGUGCUAUCAUUGGAGGAGUAUUUACAGGUCAGUGUCUCUCUACUCACACUCGCUGUUACCUGAUAAAAUACCUGCUGAGGGAUUCAUACAUACUGGAUCAUCCUGUCUUCCUGCAGUGGCCGGUCUCAUCGACUCGCUCAUCUACCACUCGGCUCGGGUCAUCCAGAAGAAGAUAGAGCUGGGAAAGGUGUCCUAACAGCGCCCCCGCUGGCUACCGAGGUGCAACACAGACCAAGACACGGACACAGAGACACAAAGACAGAGAGGGAAGGAGAGGGACUAGAAUGGUAUCAGGAGCAGGAUCUUAUUCCUGCUCCUAAAUCUUACUGAAGACAAAAAGACUGAAGGACGGCAGAAGAGAGGUUUUAUUUUGAGUUCCUCUGUCGCUUUGUUUAGGGGUUAAAAUCACUGCAGGGAUUUGUGGGAUUUUUGAAUUUUACUUUCUGCCAUGGAAAUUUGAUGCCUACUGGACUGAGUCUGAAUCAGACUUGGGGAAUAAGGAUUUUGGAAGUCACACUGGAGCAGACAAGAAGGUAUUUCACAGAUUCAGGAAAUCAACGGUUCUUUUCUCUUGUCUGUUUUGUUGUCAUGCUUCAGCGUUGGCCCGCCCGCCUUUAGAUCUGUAUCAGUGUGUUCAGUAAGGAAGAGAUUGAGACAUUUAGAAGAAUACGCCACCAGAAUUAAGGCUUGUAGGAAAUUAAAUGAAAUGACCACAAACAUCAGCCCUAAUUUACUGAAUGAAUGUGUUAAAAAAGGCUGGGUAGCUCCUGUAUUCAAGGAGAAGUUGACCUAUAAUUCAGUUUACUUUUCUUCUACCCUCACCUGCAGUGUUAAUCACCUGAAGAAAAUCAAGAGCUCAACUGUUCAGAACUUGAGGUUCUGAUGAGUCUACAUAUUGAAUAUUUAGUUAUUUAUGAAAUUUUAAUUGAGUUUAACUUCUUAAGAUGCUCAGCAGCCAGCUGCUCUUUAGAUAUUCACCUUCAAAAUAAAGUGUAGGCUAAUCAUGUCCUAAAAUCAGGACUAUCUCCUCAUAACGAUACACCCUUCUUCCUGGUAACAUCGUGACUGUCAGAUCUUUUAAAUCUGAAGGGCCUGUGUCCACUAAUUAUGUUAUUUUGUGCUGGUAGGGCUUAUUCCCAUAAAAAAAUGCAGUUCAACGUUUUUGGCGCUCAGCAUCCCUGACACAAAAAACACCCUCUGGUGUCAGCUAUGUUUUUGUUUGUAACAUCACCUUUCUGUCGACCAAUCAAAAUCAGACAGGGGCGGGACUACUGAAUUAAACUAAUAAUUAUAAUAAUAAUAAAUUAGAUUUUAAAGCGCUUUAUCAGAGACCCUCAAAGCGCUUUACAUUGGAUACAUUAUUCAUUCAAUCACACCUUGGUGGUGAUAAACUACCUUAGUAGUCACAGCUGCCCUGGGGCAAACUGAUGGAAACGUGGCUGCCAGUUCACGCCUACGGCCUCUACGACCACCACACAACACACAAUCAUACACCAGUGGAGGACACACACUGGGAGCAAGGUUAAGUGUCUUUCCCAAGGACACAAUGUACAGACUAGGGAUAGGGGGGAAUCAAAUCGCCAACCUUCCAGUUAUUGGACGACCGCUCGACCUCCUGAGCUACUGCCGCCCCUCGCUCUUUGUCGUCUGUGGCAGCACUGUCAUCAUUCCAUCCACUUUUUUUCCAGUAUCUGCAACCUGGCUUCAAACUUUUUCUUGUGCGUCUAUAUCCUGGCUUCAAACUAGUGGUAGUUUACAUGGCAGGUGUGAGCGCCAGUGACUCACUCCAAGUGCAGGGGCGCAGUUUCCUCUUCUCUAAUUUUGAUUGACAGCUGGUAGGGUAGUGUGAUUGGCAUCUAAGUAAAGAACGAAUGUGAUCGGUGGUUCGCUGCACAGCACAUGCAGAGUCACACGCAGUGUAUCUUGAUGUAUCCUGCAGCCCUACAUUAUAACAACAAAAAUGAGAACUCACAGAGGCUUGCGUCGGCUACAGUGUGUGGCAUUGUCAUUUGCUUCCGCUUUGCACACCUCCCGGAUGUGGAGGGAGGGGAUCGUCUAUCCUCUCUUUGAUUUCCAUUACCGAGACCGUGACGUAAUUUCGAUUGAUUUCGAUAAAAAAACAAAAUCGUGACACCCGUACUGCUUACAUUAAAAUGCAGGCAAUGCCUCAGGCCUUUUUUGUACAACUAUUUACAAAACAAUAUAUGGUUGCACAAAUGGCACAUUUUAUUUAUGCCACCACAAAAAACAGUUCCUGUAGACCAAGAUACAGAGGGGCACAUCACAGGCCUGACACAUCCAUGGUGUGUCACUCCCCUUUUUAGUCCACUUGGGGGCAGCGAUGACACUUUUCUCUGCCUUUGGUUGAUUUGCCUGCAUCUGUGGGUGUGAUGAUGGGCACAGGAAUGUGAUCUACUCUCCCUCUGGGGAACUCUUGCUUUGUCGUUGCCAUAAAGCUGACACCCAAGCUCCACCAUGAAGUCCUUGUGUGUCAUGGGCUGUACCUGCUUGGUUUUGCGCAUCUCACGGUGCAUGACGUAGGCAUUCAUGUGGCAAUGUCCAGGGAGUGCAGCAAUACAGUCCCUUCCAGUGAGCAGUUUUUCUGUGAGUGGAGUAAUACUGGAUGAGCUGGUCUGAUGGAUGAACUCCAACCAUAAUCUUGUUGUAGGCUGUGAUUGGUGUGGGACAUGGGAUGUCUCUUACAGCCCAGCAUCCAUCUCCAUCCUUCAUUCUUCUCUGCACUGUCUCACCUGAAAAUGUAGGAUGGAUGGUGGAGCACACAGACACCUCCCGUAGUCCAUCUCCUUCACAAAAACUAGUGGGCCUUCUCUGAUUCAUCUCACUGAUCCUCUUCCACAGUUUUUUGUGAGAGCAUUUUCCCUCCCUCUGGGGCAUCCUUUCCUGGUCUCCCUGUAGGUGAAAGAUGACGCUCAUCAGUGGAAGUAAUAAUGGACACAUGCUGAGAGUUGGCAGGCAGCUGGUGAAGAGGAGAAGAUGAGGAGCUGUGGGACCCGGGAACAGGGAUUGAGGGAAGUGGCCAACUGGUACUCUGGACAGGGUAGCUGGAGGAUAGGUGUCUCUCAUGAUUUAGGGUAGAACAUCUGGGUGAUGAUUCGGGGGACCUCUGAAACUCAAGGUUCAAGUUGCUCUCUCCCUUGUCAUCCUUGACUCCCAUCUCUUCUUGCUCACUGUCCAGAGGUCCCUCUACCUCCUCGCCAGUGAGUGGAACAGCAUUAUCAUCAUCAGCUGAUAAGUCCAGGUCUAAUGCUAAAACCAUGGGGACACAGGGGUCAGACACCUGUAGUCUAUCCACUUCACAUAAAACUAGUGGGCCCUCUCUGAUCCAUCUCACUGAUCUUCUUCCAUGCUCACUUGCAGUUGGAGUCUUUCCUGUGUAAAUGCUGAACCUAAUGGUGUAGUCAGUGUUUGGAGGAUUUUCAAAGUAGUUCUCGCUCCUCUGUUCCAUACAUUUUGUGUGUUUUGAUAAGAUCUUUAUGAAGGCACAUAAUCUCUUUACUUCCACAAAUGUUGCAGUCCAAUCUUUCCAGAGUUUUUGCAUUCCCACAUUUCACGAGAAGCUUAAACUCUGCGUUGUUGAGUUAAAAUAAAAUACAAAAUGGUAUCAAAAACAAAUAAUUGUAAAAACACAAACUUCACUCUGGCUGUGGCAUUUAACAUAGAAAAAUAUAGAACUAUCAACAACAAAAGAAAUAUCAAUCAAAUCAAACAGCAAAAUCAAAUGAGGUGGGCACUUAAAAAGAAUAAAAAGAAAUGUGCUUUUUGUGCUUUAGUCACACUGUAUUGACAUAAAACUCUACACAGUCUUAUUCAUUACCAGGAAAAUAAGCAUUUCUACGGUCCUUCUCCGGCGUCCGCUCUGCCUUGCAUAUCUUACAUUUCAUGGACUUCUCCUUUAUAUUUUUGGUAAAAUGCUCUCAAAUACUGGAGCUACACGUCCUGUUCUACAUUGGUACUGAGUUGUAGUGACGUCAGACACCAACUUCUAUGAGCUCUACUGUGCGUCCAGGACAAGGAACACACAGCGGAGGCUAUGAGCGGCGGGUACCGUGACACUUUCUAGCAAGAAACAAAGAGGGAAAAGGAAAAAAAAAAAACAAUGACGUUGAUUAAUAAAAUAGUUUUCAACCAGUUUUUUAGUUUUGAUUGUCAAACCUAAAUCAAAUAAUCGUGGCAGCCCUAAUCAACAGUAAUAGAGGAAAAACUGACUUCACCGAGUCUGUGAAAGUCAGGAGCUGCAACUGAUUCUAUGACACAGUCAUUUUUUAUCAGUUUUCAGUCUUAGUAAAGAAACGUAAAUCUUGAGAAACUAACAGUAAGCAGCAUAUUGAAGCACAGAAAUGCAGUCAGUGGACACAGGCCCUUACUGUGGCCACAAUACAGAUGCAUGUCUGUCAAUUAGAGUGUCGUGAAAAAGUUGAACGGUUUCCAUUGGUUACUUAGUAAAGUUAUAUCAAUAGUGGACUCAUCACCUGUCACACUCCUGAACCAGAGUCACACCUGGACUGAGAAGAAACAGAACUGGACUAGAGCUCAGUGGACCAAAGUCCUGUUUGCAGCAUAUCAUCUAAUUAGUAAAUCCAGGUCCCAGAGUCUGGAGGAAGAUCGUAGAGGUCCAGAUUUUAAAUCACAACAGUUUGAAAUGUUUCACAGUACAAGCAGAGAACAGGAGAACAUAAGAAAGUUGAUUUUUGAGUUAAACUAAGAAGGAGAUGAACUUUGUCACAACACUCUCAUUUAUUGAGAUGCAUCAUUUUUAGUAUGACGUGCAGAGAUUCAGAGGACACUUUCCUUUGAAGGUUCCUCUUUUUUUGUCAUUAUUUUAGUGUAAAUAUUGUACAGACACACUGGCCUCUGAGAGCAGAAGGAAAUGACUGGUGACUGUGUGAAAAAGCACUCAGAUGAAGUUGAUAUUUAGUUCAUACAGGAAAAAGGGGCUUCUUCAGUUUGGCUUCCUCUCUGUUUCUUUUUUUGCUGGGAUUCAGAACUCUCUCUGCCCCGCCAGACUGCGGUUUAAUCAUGUGUUUCUGUUUCGUAUUUUUACUCCUCCAUCUGUUGGAGUGGGAGAUCUUUAAAAGAUCCUAAAACUACCAGUCUCCUCAGAUAAUAAUCCUCCCUCUGAAAUCUUCAAAGUGUCGUUCUCAUCUUUAAGUCAAUGACAGGGAGCUCAGCAGGAAGCUCCAGACCACAGAAAGACAGCACGUAAAUAUCAUUCUGACUCUGGAUCUGUUCCUGACUCAUGUGCCGGGUCGACUCAUGAGAGCCAGAUGUGUUUUACAGUUUGAUCCUCGCCACAUUUUGUUUAUUUUCUAACAUCCAGAGUGUUAGACAAAUAGAAACAGACUCAGCAGGGCGACAGCCGGGGUUAAGGUUCUUACACACCAGGCGCGAAUUCGCCAGGCGAAUUAUUCGCCUUUAUUCGCCUUUUUUAAAAGCAGCAUAAAGUCAAUGCAAGCUUCCACACCGGCGGCGAUUUUUCCGUGAGGCGAAAAGCGUCUUUUAUUCUUUCGCUCUUAUGUCGAAUUUUUAGCAGAUUCGCAGGCGAAUAUCGGGACCUGCUAGACCUCUGGCCAAUCAAAAGUCAUGUUGUUGAUGAUCUUCAUUUAUCAAGCACGCUAUGGCAAACCCAUCCAGCUCCUCUUGGAGACGAGUGAGCUAUAGAUGAGCUAUUAUGUGCUUAUAUACAUUAUAACAGGGCUGGGGGCCCGGAGCUUUCAAGAAAAUGGGACUUUGUCUCAUUCAUAUAGAAUAUUGCCUAUUAUUUUAAUCUUACCUCAGACAUGUGGCUAGCCGCUCCUCUGGACCAGUUGGCUCUCUUUAGUUAGUUGUCUGCUUCUCCAGCUAUGGGGUCAGCUGCUGGAGGAGGUCGUUAAAUUGCCCGAGGGACAUUCUAAAAUACUGGCGGAAUUUUGGGGGGUAGAACUUUGCUUUGCAAAAUUUAUACACAUAUUUGCUUCGCGCCCGGUGUGUAUAGGCGAAAACUAUUUUUCGGACUGGCGAAUAUUUUCGCAUUUUCUUCUCGCUUUUUCGCUUCGCUCCGCAAAUUCGCUGGUGUGUAAGGACCUUUAGACCGACAGUUUCUGGACCGUUGAUUGCAAAUCGGGCAACAUCUUUAUCCAGACACAGUUUUUAACUCAAAGAUGUUCCAAAAAUCUUGAUUAGAAGUUUGAACUUUGUUCAAAAUGUUACUGAGACUCAAUAUUUAUACUUUUAUUUUAGUGCUGGAGUUUCUUUAAAUACACGCCCAUGUCUGAAGUCACUUUAUGCACAUGAUGAAGUGAAAACAAGGUUUGGUCGUUUGGUGUGGUCUGGAUUUUGGAUUAACACCCUCUCUAAAGUGAACUUGUUUUGUUCCAUCAUGCAUUUUGAGAAGUUGCACCAACCGACCAAUACAUCCCUGAGUAUGGAAAACAGCAGGAGGACGAGAAGAAUGUUAAUCCUACAGUACCACAGUUUUCCCUUCCUGUUCUCCUCCUUAAGUUUUUGUUUCAUUUUUGAUGUUUCGUUCAGAUUUGUCUUGGGUUACUGCCUCAAGUUCAAAAACCUGAGAUGAUCAAUCUUGAGGAAAUAAUUGACAUUCUUAUUGGGAAUCAUGGACAUCUAAUCCUCUCUUACAGAAGAACCUUUAAAUGAAUUCUUAUAUGUAGAAAGUCUCAACAUUCAAUCCUGGAAUCUGUCAUUUUAAAUCUCCAAAUUUGACUUUCUUUCUGGAUCUCAUGGACACCAACUGCCCCGCUGAAGUAGAACCAAAACACUUCCUUGUCACAAGGACUCAUCUUAAGAAUGUCUGUUUUUUUUUUAUCAAGCUUUUCACUGAAAAUGUUUCAUUCAUUCAUUUGGGAAUCGUGGAUAUAUCUCCCUGUAUAGGUAGAACCGUAACAUUUAUUUUUCCAUAAGUACAAGAACUUUUAAUCUCGAAUAUUUAAAAAUGUGACAUUGUCUUUGGAAAUCGAGGGUCCCAAGUGUCCCACUACAACAUUUAUGGACUUGAUUUAAAAUCUCAAGAUACUUGAUUUUAAGAAUAAUAUUUAAAUUUUAAAACCCAUCAUUCCUUUUGGAAAUCUUGGACCUCAACUUUCUUGUUUAACUACGACCACAAGACUGAUUGAUUCAAGUACAAAAUCUCAAAAUUCUUUCCCUUUACAUCUGAAAUCUCCAAAUUUGUCACUCUUUUAGAAAUCAUGGAUGUCAGGUCUUGUGCCAAAAUAGAAUGAUUAAACUGUUUAUUUAAAAAAAGUCUAAACACAUUUUCAGUCAAGCCUCUUUUUUAGGAGGAUGUUAUGUUUACCCAGAAAAUUAAAAACGGUUUGUUUGACUGAAGCAGACACUCUUUUGUCUGUCCCUGGUAACCAUGGUAAUGAUUCAGAGUAUUACAGCUGUAAAGAGACACGUUCAAUAACCUUAUGUUUUCUUCUCUCUGUGUUUUUUCAAAAGCUUCUGAAAUCUGAUGAUGCAGACUAUAAAAGUUUCUGAUGAAUCGACUGUUGGUGGUUGAUUGUUGCACCUUUUGACUUCUAAAUCAGGGGCAGGGGUUGUGUGUGUGUGUGUGUGUGUGUGUGUGUGUGUGUGUGUGUGUGUGUGUGUGUGUGUGUUUAUGAGUGUGAGAGAGAAAUGUAUUUAUAUUUUAAUUGUCCUUGAACAGUUUUUAAAAUGACAGAAAAUAAAUGUUGAAUACACCAGCCUCAAA